GAUGUGGUAUUUAAUGACUUUCGUCGAGAUAGGAUCAGAAUGUCACGACCUUCUACAUCGAAAAAGCAAGUCAACCCCAAUGAAACCAUUGAACGUAUGCUUAACAAAACGACCCUAUCAACACAGCGAGUAGCACACCGGCAAAUCGUUGAACUUGGCGACUACCUUUUAAACAAUAAGGCAGAUAACUCUAAGGAGGAGAGGGAGCGAGAACUACAGGUGGCACUUGAUGCUGCCGAGGCUAGGGCAACUCGUGAACUCCGUGCUGCUAUAAAAAGAUUGCGUAACUCAAAGGAUGAGGAAAAACGCAAGGCUCUGCAAUUACAGCAAGAAUAUUAUGAAAGACUUGCCAAGAGAAUCGAGGAGCAGAGAGAUGCAGCGGAACAGGAAAGACAGCGAGAGCUUACCAAACAGCUGGAUGGAGAGAAGGAAAAUGCCCUGAGAGAACAAUGGGAGGAAUGCGAACGACUGAAAGAGAUUGCCAUACAGGAAGCUUGUCAGGUUCUCACCAGAAAACUUCGGCUGGAUUUCACGCUGGAGAAGGAACGUGCUAUAGCUGCUGCUCUCAAGGAACAGAAGGAGAGAUUCCUGAUCAGAGAGCAGGAAACAAUAGCAAGAACAAGAAGAGAAUGUGAAGAUUUAGCAAAGAAGGAAGCCUUACGUGUUGCCAAAAUUCACCAGGGCGAAGUGGAUCGUUUAAAUUACAAGUAUGAUGUUCUGGAGAAGAAGUAUCUGAAAGAAUUGGAUCAUAAAAACCGACUUGAGAAUGAUUUUAGGGGACUUCAAGAUGACUACCGUAGGUUCAUGAACUACACCGAUGGGAAAUUUCACUCAGACUACCUCAUAAAGCUGCGAUACACAGGUAUGCAGCUAGCCAAUAAACGGAUCAGUGAAGUAACAUAUGAGAACAUUGAGGAUCUAUUUAAUCCAAAACAGAAUGCCAGUGUACAUUUUUGA